GUUUCUCCACUCUCCCGUCUGGCUUUCGACUUUCGGCUUCUCCACUCUCAGUUUCGACUUUCGGCUUCUCCACUCAUAUCUCUGCUCUCUGCUUUCUCCCUCGUCUCUACCGCCUCACGCCCUCUCUCCUCACAUCCUCACACACCAAACGGUCAGACCUCACUACGACACUACCCACUUCGCGAUCGCAACUCGCCAACUCUCCUGCGUUUCAAGGAAUCAAGGUUUUUGAGUGAAGAAGAGGAGCACCAAGAUGCCUCUUUAUGACUGCAUGCUUUUGUUGAAACCCAAUAUAGUGAAGGAGGCGUUGAUCGACUUGGUUGCUAAGGUGGGGAAGCAUGUUUACACUAGAAAUGGAGUACUCACAGAUGUAAAAUCUUUUGGAACUGUUCAGCUGGGCUAUGGUAUUAAGAAACUCGAUGGCAGAUAUUAUCAGGGGACACUGAUGCAAAUGACAAUGAUGACGCCUCCUAGCUUCAACAGUGAGCUGCAUUACCUCAACAAGGAAGACCGUUUGCUCCGCUGGCUGUUGGUCAAGCACCGAGACAUCAAGCCCGGGUUGGAAUAUUUUGGAGAAAAAGAUUCUAAUUUAUCUAUCAAAGUGUAUCAAGUUAUGGGUGAUGAUAAAGACGACGAAAGUGAUCAAGACUCUGACACAGCUGAUGAAAUGUAAAAUGGCUGUUUAGCGUGUACGCUUCUUUUGUUUUCUGAAUCCAGGUCUCCCUUUCUGCUUCUACUUGUACUUGGGGCAUUUUAGUUUAUGAGUUUUUUUUUUUUUUUUGAGAAUUUUAGUUUAUGAGUUAAGGUUGCAGUAGAGAAUUGAGGCAAAGAUACAUGACAUAAGAAGAUUUGAAUGUGACAAUUUGCAGUACACAAAUUAGAAUGGAUUUUGCCCAGUGUUUUUAGAAUAAGAAAAGUCUGAGAUCUUGAUAUUUUGCUUCAUAUCACUCUGUAAGAUCAAUGAGUAUAUGCUUUAGAGAGUUUGAGACU